AUGUCCGAAGUAAAUCAAAAAUUAGACCUCAAACAUCCGAACCUUGAUAACUAUUAUACACUUCAAGAUUUCGAAUUAUUAAAUGAACACUUAAAGACAUGUUCACCUUUAGAAAUUGAUGAGCAGCCGAUUGAUCUUUUUGAAUUAGAUAAAGCUGGAAAAUUGCUCCCUAUGCCACAAGCAACAAUUAAUGUGGAGGCUGUUGUUGCAACAAUUGUAGCUCUACUUGACCUCUGGAAUGAACAAACAGGUCAGAAUGGUAUUCUUACAACAUCCCAGGGAGAUCCUUUCACACCAAUUUUCGUUGUUGAAGUUGGAGUUAUUACAAAAAAUUCGGAUUUUGAUAAAUUAGACUCAAAAUUUAAAGAUAUUUAUUUUGCAGAAGGAACUUCUGUAAAAUUAGGAUGGUUAAUUGAUCCAAAACAUAAAAAUAUUUGGUCAUACAAAAAAACGAAAACCAAUAUUGUACGUUGCUAUAAUCAUGGUUGGAAAGAUCUUGAUACCACCGUAAAUGAUAUUGAGAUUUUACCAAAGUUUGUUUUAAAUGUUAAAAAGAUCGAAAAAAAAAUUUCUCAGAAGAUCACCAAUGCACUAAAUGUAAUCAAAAUUUUCCCUGCAAAUAUGAAUUCUUAA